AAAUCACACUAGUUUCCUCAGUCUUCCUUGUAUCUUUUGGGUACUGUACUUCUUCUUGAGAUACAUUAGUGCAUUCCUAGAAGUAUUUCUGUUUAAAAUGGUUACCAAUAGUAGGAUUUUCAUUAUAUUUGCACUUCUGCUUGCUGUUGUUCUUUUCAUCUCUUCUGAGGUAGCUGCUAAGGACUUACCCAAGAAAACAGAGACAUUAAAUGAAAAUGGAAUAGAAGAUGCGAAGUACCACGGUGGACGAGGUGGAGGAUAUGACCAUGGUGGGCGUGGAGGUGGUGGUGGAGGAUAUGACCAUGGUGGACGAGGUGGUGGUGGCCACGGUGGACGUGGAGGUGGUGGCGGAGGAUAUGACCAUGGUGGACGAGGUGGCCGUGGUGGUGGGCAUAACUGUCGUCAUGGUUGCUGUGAUCGUGGUGGAUACUAUAAGGGUGGCUGCAAUAACUGUUGCUACUCCGCUGCCCAAGCCAAAGCUUUUGAAGCUUCUGUUGCCGCUGAAGUUAACGGACCUCAAAACUAAGUAAUCUAGACGGUAGAGUUAACAUGAAUGUGUAUGUACUGUGUAUAACUCUACCGAAUUAGUAGCACUAGUCCACUAUAGCUAGCAAAUAUACAUGUAUCAGCAGGUGCCCUGAGAGACGCAAAAUACAUAUAUGUAUGUUCACCGGUAAAAGUGUCUACUUUUUUCCUCAUGAAUAAAUAAAUGACGAACAUUACUUAUGCAUUAUGAGAAUGAA